ACAAUUUUCACGGUUGCGUCAUACGAAGACCACCACCUCGUCGUAUCGAGGAACAUCAAGCAAGACAGCAGUCUCAUACCGUUUAUCUGGAACACAAAUUAUCAUACGUUAAAAUUGCAAACUGUUCAGGGACCAAGAAUAAAACCUCAUGCGCACUCCAAACGCAUGUCAGACAAUAUUUCUACAGAAUGACUCCAAAUGCUUUAGAUUCCGCUACUACUAUUGUUAUAAUACUUCUCAAAAUUACAUGCCACUUAACGUUCAUGUCAAGUACCGAUCACAACCCAAACAUAAGGUUCACGCAUGUGCGAAUUUUGGCAAUGCAGGCCAACGUGGAAAAGGCCAAAUAGGAAAAUUGCAUGCGAUCAAAAGAGAAAUCAUGUGACUGGUGGUUUAACGCAUGAUACCCAGGUCAGUGUAGUUUGGCAUCAAAUCUGUUUUCCCGCAGAUGCUUUCAGUCAUAAGGCGUUUAUUUUCUUCCUUAAGACGGUCAUUUUCGGCCUUAACACGGUCAUAAGAACCCUUGAAAUAACGAAUUUCAGCCAUGAGUUUCUGGAUAACGGCAUCUUUCCCUUCCUGCAUAAACACAAAUUAAAAUUAAAAUUCGAAUUCAUCCCAUUCAGCACUGGCUCCUACCCAGCAGCAUUGUCUGGCCUGAGCCCAAUUGCAACAAUCACGACAGCUUUACCAAUUGUUCAUCUUACACUCAGCUAAGUCCACCUCACUUCUGUUCGAAUCAUGUUGUCUACUGACGAAUUUGUUGGGAGCAUUCGUUCGUGAUCUUGCGAAGCUGCAAGAUAAUCCAAGGGUGCCCCGUCAGAAUCUGAACUCUAAUAAGGUUUUCUUAGAAAAGUUUAUCAGUGACAAUCCAUUUCCUGUAUCGCUCCCUAGGGAAGAAUUGAUGGCAGAAAUAAUGAAUAUGGCACGGAAAGCGUUGGAAGAAUGGGAGAAGAUUCUAGGUCCUGAGGAUUUUCAAGAGUGGAGUGCCCGUGGCUAUCCUCCCAAAGAACCUGCUUCAACCAACGUAGACAACAUGGACACGGAUAGAUUUCUUCAGUCCGGUAAGGAUCUUGUGAAUUUUCGGUCUUCUGAUCGAAUGGGGAAUCGAGAAGCGUGGCUUUCCUGGCGUCUGAGAGUGAAGGGGUUUACAGAUAUGUGCAACAGUUUCUUACAGCCUUUGGGCAGUGCAAUCUGGACACUAGCUAACCAAAAUUAGUCGAACCAAAAAUUCAACAAAAAGAUUAUAAUAAAAUUCUUCUAAAUUACUUAUUUCACAAACUUUCUUUAAUAAG